GCACGCGUGGCUUCUUCGGCUGCUUCGUGGCUGUUCGACUUCGCUCCUUCGACGGCUUUCCUUCAUGUCGGAUCCGAAGUUACGACAUUUUGAUCGGAAGCAAAAACGGGAGCUCGCUGGCUGUGAAGCAAAGGAUAGUGAGAGACUACUGGGCAAGACCAAAAAAAGGAAGAUAAAAGAGAAUGCAGCUCUUGGUGAAUCCGUUGAUGCCCAUAAAUCUAUUUCUGAAAUUGAAAAGCGACCUUCAACUCGAAAAGGAAAAGAUGUUGAGAGAAUAUUGUUCAAGAACAAAAAGAGGAAGAAAAAAAUGACUAGAGCUUCUGAUGAAUCAACUGAAGUCUUUGAAUCUCCUUCUGAAUUUGAAAAGGGAUGUAAAAUCCAGAAAGUAGGAAUGGAUGGUGAGUGGCUAUCAGUCAAGACUAAAAAGAGGAGGAUAAAAGAGCAUAAAACUUCAGAUCCAUCAAUUGGAGCCUGUGAAUCUCCUUCUGAAUUUGAAAAGGGAUCUAAAACCCUGAAAGGUCGAAGAUCAGAAAAGAUUUGUAGUUUGGAAAGCUCCAUCCACUCAGAAACAUUGAAUGAGACUGACAGCUUUAGAGAGCCUGAGGUCACCUCAAAUGAAUUGAAGACCAAAGCUAGAAAGUUCAAGAAGAAUUGUAAACAUAAAAAAAAACAACUCACAAAAGUCCAAGAAAUUAACAUUGAAGAGAUUCAAAGAGUAGUUGAUGCAGAAAAGGUUGAUGAAAUCUCCUUAGUUGGUGAUGAUUGUACAAGAGGAAUGAAAAAAUGGCUUAUACAAUACAAAGAAAGCAGACCAGGAUUAAAAGUACUUCAGAAAAGAAUUGAUGAAUUUGUGACAGCUCAUGAGGAGCGGCAGGAGCAGGAGAGGAAGGAAAGAGAAGCUCGUGCUGCUGAAGAUGGAUGGACAGUUGUGGUGCAUCAGAAGGGCAGAAAAAAAACAACUGAUGCUGAAACUGGUACGGUUAUGGGAUCAGUGGCCUCUGCUGCUGUUAUGGAUAAGAUGUCAAAAAAGAAAAGUAAAGAAAUUGCCCUAGAUUUCUACAGAUUUCAAAAACGGGAAGCUAAGAGGAAUGAGGUUAUGAUGCUGCAGAGAAAAUUUGAACAAGACAAGAAACGUAUACAGCAAUUGAGAGCUGCAAGGAAGUUCAGACCCUCCUGAAGGCUCUCCUCUUGAGGAUUUCAGUUAGUUCUUCCCAGAGCUCAGAGAGAAGUGGCAAAAGCAAGAUAAAAAAAGCUGAGAUUCAUGUUUGAUUCCCAUUUCCUCAGUCUUUAUGUUUUAAUUGCUAAAUUGCAGUUGAGAAUGAAAAGGAAGAUCUUGGAUUAGAGGAUACAUGUAAUCAUUAAAUCAUUAACCUUUUUGUUAAUAGCUCAGGUUAAUUUUUAUUGCUUAAUUUAUGUAUGGAACAAUGAACUAAUGUGAAUCAUUAUUAAUCUAGCUCUAAUUUGAACUACUGACUAUUUAUAAGAAGCAUUUUUUAGA